CAUGUCUGAGUCGCUCACACUUCGUUACUUCUGCACAGUGGUUGCUGCCAUGGUGACUAUCUCCAACAUGGCCGACAGUGGAGAAGAAAGACAGCGAGUUUCACCGGACUCUUCCACUCAGGUUUUAAAACAAGAUAAACGAAAACACCGGAAAAGAAAAAAACACAAAUAUAAAUCUAAGAGAAGAAAACACACACAUUCAGUUGAGAAAAUCUCAGAUUACAAAGAAGAGGGGUCAAAAUCGUCAUCCUUAUCUGAUGAUUCAGGUAACAGUGAAAAGCUUGAUACAAGUACAUUGGACGAGUUCACCAUUGAUAUUAAACCGUUAAAUGAAUAUGUUGACGACAGAAAGAGACUUAACGAUGAAUUGUUUAAGAUUUUGGAUAGAAAAGAAAUGAAAAAGUUCAUGUCAAAAUCUGUCAAGAAACUAAAAAUGGAAGAGUUAAAAGCCCGCUGCUUGGACGUUUUAGAAAUUCUUUCAAGAAAAAUUACUACGAAUAAUGGAAGGGGAAGAAAUGGAUUCUUCUUCAACAGAAAGCGAAACUGUGGCAGGAAUGAUGUUACCACUAAUGACAGCUGUACAAACAGGGAGAACACAGUAAAAGUGUCCCGUGAAUCAGUCAUUGAAAAGAAUGUGGACAGGACUGUGAAUAUCUUGGAAGAAAUGAGUGUAGGACCUGAUCAAUAUGAAAUUGAUGAGCUGGUCGAGGGAAAGCAAAAUGUCAAAACAGAAUGUCAAGAUGAUGGUGUAGCUAAAGAUAUUCUUCAUGGAGAUGAACAAAGCCAACAGGAUGAUGGAGAUACAGCUGCACAGAUUCUGGAGUUAGAAUUACGUGCGCGAGCAUUAAAAUCAUUAAUGAAAGCACAACACAAUGUUGACCCUUAAACUGUUGUGUUUAACAUCUAUUGGUGAUGAAACUAAAGUGAAGAGAAUUGAAAUUAUGAACAAAACACCUUAUGGUAUGGUGACCAUUAAAUUGUUAAAAUGGUGUGCAGUAAAGGUGUAAGAGUGUCAUUGAUGAUGGAAUUAUUUGCAAGAAAAUUGAUGAAAAGACCAAUAAAAGGAUUGCGUUCAAAUUGAGAAGGUAUGCCAGUGGAAGAAAAGGUAUACCAGUUGAGGAGAAAGUAUUCCAGUAGAUGAGAAGGUAUUCCAGUAGACGAGAAGUUAUUCCAGCAUACGAGAAGGUAUACCAGUAGAGGAGAAAGUAUACCAUUAGACGAGAAGGUAUACUAGUAGACGAGAAGGUAUACUAGUAGACGAGAAGGUAUACCAGUAGACGAGAAGGUAUACCAGUAGACGAGAAGGUAUACCAGUAGAGGAGAAGGUAUACCAGUAGACGAGAAGGUGUUAGAGUAACGCAAUUUGAGUUAAGUUUGACUAUUGUUCACAGAAUUAACCAGGUGUUUAGUUCCUUCGUUUUAAUAGGAUUUAUAAAUCUUAAGUUGGGUUUUACUUAGGGCAAUGCAUUGAGUUUCCAAAUGACGUAUAUAACAUCGGACCUUAAAUUUCUGUACACAAAUACAACUAUUUAACAUUAUUUUUCAUCCAUUUUCAACAAAAAAAACACGAGAGGAAACCGUAUUUGAUCAAGUGUUUCAUAAAGUACUCGAUGUUUGCAGCUGAUAAACACGAGCGCCUUUUUUCAAUAAAAAGUUUUGGUUGUUCAAGGAAUAAAUGAAAUCUUCAAACCCACUCACACCAAGUUUCAAAUCCUAUAAAUAAAAGUAGAAAGUAGUAAACUGUAAUGAAAUGCUGAUAAAUAAACCAUUAGUCAAAAUA